AUGGUUGAGAUGUUGAGAGGUUGGAUUUGGGCCAGCAUGAACCAUCGAGGCGUGUUUAGCUCCUAUUUUCUUAGAACCUCAGGGCUCUCUGGUUCUAAGGACUUGGCUCUUCGGCAUUUCAGCUCUUCCAAGGUUCUAGCUCUUGAUUUGCGAAUCUUUAAUAAAAGACGGCACAUACAGUCCUGGUUCUUGAUUUGCGAAUCUUUAACGGAAGAUGGCACACACAGGCUCUUAAUUUGCAAAUCUUUAACAGAAGAUGGCACACGCGGGUCCUGGCUCUUGAUUUGCGAAUCUUUAACGGAAGAUGGCACAUAUGGGUGA